AUGGCUAGACCAUUGAUUUUGCCGUUACAAUGGCGUCAAUUACAUCAAUCUCUCUUUCCAAAAGCCCACACAUUGCGUCACGGCGCGCAAGCUUGCACCGCUCGAGCUGUUAACAACAGCGACAAAACUACAUCGAAACGACUCUUCCACACCACUCAAACUCGAUCAGCUGUUAGGCCUUCUCCCCGAGCACCAUCUGCUCGGAAACAAGAGAGGAGCGGGGUAACACCGAAUGAGUUGAGAACCAAAAACGGUCGUAAUUUAGACCGUGACGGAUUUUGGAAUGGUUAUUGUACUGCCCAUGUUGAACCAAUACUUGCUGAGUUCAAGCAAUUCAAACCCAUAAUUUAUGAGACCUAUCGUCCCUUCCUGCCGCCGAGUCUGAACCUAGCGACGUUCGGGUCCGUGGGUGAACAGUUGAUCAAGCUUGCGUUCUCGCAGCGCCCUUCCGCAAGUCUUGCUCGGAGUAUCUCAAUAGAUGUCGACGCUGUUUAUCGAAUCGCGGUCAUUGUUGGACAGCUUCCAAUGGGCGAAUACGUCCGGCAGUGGGCGUUGACCAGUUGUGCAAAAGCGGGUUCGCGCCGAGCUCUUAUCAUAGUUGUGAACCGGUAUCUCGGCCUUACAGGUGUGGACAUUUACCGGAACAACGAGUACAUAUCGCAGGUGAGAGACUUGGCUCUCAAAGACGAAUUCCCUCAUGCGAUUAUGCUAUAUGCCAAGUUGCUCCUCUGGCGCGGUGAAAAUGCACAAGCCGCCCAGCUUCUGGAGCAGAAGAUUCUGCCAUACCUACAACCUACUACCGUGCCCCCUAGGCACUGGGAGGAUAUAAUGUUACGAGAUCACUUUGAUUCGCCCUGGCGGAUGUACGCUGUUGCUGUUGAGAAGGAACAGGGUCUUCGGGGCAUUCUUAAGACCACGCGCCGAGCCGCCUUGGAGUUCAACGACCCAGUCGCCAUGACUGACUAUGCCAUCUCCGUGUUGGGAACGGAUGAACCCAACAAAUACGAUGUGUACGAGUCGUACAUGGCUGAUGCUGCGCUGGGGGGACACACUCCAGCUUGCUUUUACAUUGCCAAUUUUUAUUAUCGCACCUUCCAAGGCGAAUUUGCGACAGAGGCAGAGAUAUACGCCAAGGAGAUGGAACAGACCAAUGCCACACGCAGCGCCUGGUUGAGACCCUUUGAACCUAUAACAAAAUGGGUUCAUACAUUUUUCAAUCAACCCUUAGAUCGCAAGUCAUACCGCAUGCUUGCGAUAGAUUGGUACGAGCUUGCUUUUGAGAAGGGGAACAAUGAGGCCGGGUAUAUCUUAGCCAUGCUCUUUCGAGAGGAUGGCGAUAUGGAGAAGAGCCGUGAGAUGUACAAGCUUACUGCUAAAAUGGGUCUUCCGACCGCGUUAUCGAGAAAAAGCCUGGUGGAGAUGAAGAAUAAGUGGGAAGAUGAGAGCUUCAACCCUGGUCUACCUCCUAAGCUCUUGAGGAUUAGUUAA